CGUAGUGCGCCUGCGUCAAUGUUUUGUAGGCCCGUAAGUAGCCAACGUGCUAAUCCAACAAACGAAACGUUAGAAAGACUUUCAACAUUAAUAAUCUUCGGAUAGCGUUUUUUUUAGCCCCCCUAAACGCCGCCUGACACGGGGUCGGUUCAAUACACAUCCAGGAUGUCCUUCCCCCCACAUUUAAACCGGCCGCUUCUACCACCUCCUGGGAUACCCCCUCAAUAUGCUGGCUUUCCCUCUGGAACCCCAAUGAUCCCAGUCCACAUGGGCAUCAUGACACCCACCCCUACAGUAAUGGUGCCCUCGGUGCCAGUGGUCAGUAAGCCUCCUGUACCGAAGAAGGAUAUUCAAGCUAUGCGAGCCAAAGAGAAUGAUGAGAACAGCGGCCCCACGACAACUGUGUUUGUAGGGAACAUAUCAGAGAAAGCUUCAGAUAUGCUGAUCAGGCAGCUGCUUGCGAAAUGUGGAAUUGUCCUUAGCUGGAAGAGAGUUCAGGGAGCAUCUGGAAAGCUUCAAGCCUUUGGUUUUUGUGAAUACAAAGAGCCUGAGUCCACAUUAAGAGCCUUGCGCCUGCUUCAUGAUCUCCAGAUUGGAGACAAAAAUUUGCUGGUUAAGGUAGAUGCUAAGACUAAAGCCCAGCUGGAUGAGUGGAAGGCGAAGAAGAAGACUGCGAAUGGGAAAGAGAAGGCUGAGGAUGGUGGAGAUGAUGAAGAAGAGGUCUUAGAUGAAGAGACAAAGAAGAAAGACCAGAUUAUUAAAGGUGCCAUUGAUGGAUUGAUGCGGGAAUAUGCUGCAGAGCUCAACGCACCAUCACAGGAUGAGGACUCCCAGCGAAGAAAGAGAAAAAAGGAGAAAAAAGAAGAGGAUGACAUUAACACUAUUGAUAUGGAGGAGGACAAGAGAGACCUGAUUUCCAGAGAGAUUAGUAAAUUUCGAGACACUCACAAGAAACUGGAAGAGGAGAAAGACAAACGGGAGAAGGAGCGCCUGGAGUUUGAGCGAGAAAGGAGGGAACGUGAAAAAGAGCGAGAGCGGGAAAGAGAGCGGCGGGACCGUGAACGCGAGAAGGAGCGAGAGAGGGAGAGAGAGAGGGAAAGAGAGCGGGAACGGGAGAGAGACAGAGACAAAGACCGCGAUCGCAGGACCAGAGAAAGAGAGCGAGACAGAGACUGGGACAGAGACAGAAGUCGUGACAGGAGCGCGGAACGCAGCCGAUCCAGGGAGGUGAGUCGGGACCGAGACAGAGAGAAGAAACGAGACCCAGAGGAUGAAGAGGAAGCAUAUGAACGCAGGAAGCUGGAAAGGAAACUUAGAGACAAGGAAGCAGCCUAUCAGGAGCGUUUAAAAAACUGGGAGCUCAGGGAGAGGAAGAAGGCACGGGAUUAUGCUAAGGAAGCAGAGAGAGAAGAUGAACGCAGACGAGAAAUGGUGAAGGAAGGCAAACGACUGAAAGAGUUCCUCGAAGAUUAUGAUGAUGACAGAGAUGAUCCGAAGUACUACAGGGGCAGUGCGCUGCAGAAGCGUCUCAGAGACCGAGAGAAGGAGAUGGAGGCGGACGAGCGUGACAGGAAGAGAGAGAAGGAGGAGCUGGAGGAAAUCAGACAGAGGCUGUUAGACGAGGGACAUCCAGACCCAGACGCAGAGCUGCGCAGGAUGGAGGAGGAAGAGGAGGAGCGUCUGAGACAGCCUCCCAUCAUCCAGGAGCCAGAGCCUGAGGAUGACCGCGACCGCCACAGGAGUUCACGAGACCAUCGGGACCACCGGGACCACCGAGACCGCCGAGCGGAGCAGGACCGAGACCGAGCAGAGGCCCGCUCACGCCCCGCCCACUCAGACGACGAGGUGGAAGAGGGCGAGGAGGAUGAUUAUGACAACGAUGAUAACCCAGACACGAAACCUACAAUGAAGCCCACGAUGCGGCCCAUCACAGCAGCACCCUCGGUGUCCUCGGCCAGUGGCAACGUGUCACCCAACACGCCUGGGGACGAGUCGCCCUGUGGAAUUAUCAUCCCCCAUGAGAACUCGCCUCCUGAGGCCCUUCCACAGGAGGAACACCGGCCCAAGAUCGGCCUCAGCCUCAAACUGGGUGCCACAGGGAGCCCCAGUCAGCCCAACGUAGGUAAAAGGAAGAAGCUGCCGGUGGACAGUGUCUUCAACAAAUUUGACGACGAAGAGGCAGACGAGCAGCCCCGGAAGAGGAAGCUGGUGCCUCUGGAUUACGAUGACGACAAGAGCUUAGGCGUGGACGGGGCCGGACUCUCCAACAUUAAAGGAGCCAACGCCGAGGAGAAACGCAAACACAUCAAGAGCCUCAUAGAAAAGAUCCCCACAGGAAAACCGGAACUGUUCUCCUACCCACUUGACUGGUCCAUGGUGGACACGACGUUAAUGGAGCGCCGCGUUCGCCCUUGGAUCAAUAAAAAGAUCAUUGAGUACAUCGGGGAAGAAGAGCCAACAUUAGUGGACUUUGUCUGCUCUAAGGUGAUGGCUCACAGUAUGCCACAGAGUAUCUUAGAUGAUGUUGCUAUGGUUCUCGACGAAGAAGCCGAAGUCUUCAUAGUGAAGAUGUGGCGGUUGCUCAUUUAUGAAACGGAAGCUAAGAAGAUUGGACUUGUGAAAUAAGCCGCAUAAAUGAAGAUCAGAUUUUUUUUUUUUUUUUUUUCCUUUCAUAGUGUAUAAAAGUGUAGCGCAAGUAUGUCACCCCCAAACAAAGCGACUUCUCCAUACCAGUCCAAACUGUAACUGCAGGUUCUGUUCAUUCUUACAUUUGCACAGGUCAUGUAUUUUUGUUUUCAACAUACUCAGGCGACACCCACCUCUGUUCGCAGGUGCUCAUUGUGUCUGUGUGCUUUUGUGUAAAUACAGUAAACCAUUAUUUGACUGAUAGAAGAAUCGUGAGAGGAAACUACUGACAGACACCCAGGACCAUCGUUCUGCUGCCAGAUAAGGUCUUUUAGUUUUAUUUAUAUACAUGCCAACAUUUGUAGGAUGCGUACAGGUUACCGGUUUUUAAAUCUUUCUAAAGGUCCUUGGUUUGAGAUCAGAUUUGCAGUCGAAUGUAGUUUGGUUUAGUCAACACAGACGUAAGGAUGUGUAACUACAACCAAGGAUGUGAAUUUUUUUUUUUCUGGGGUUAUUUAUUCAGGGAUGUGGACACAACUCAACUGUAUUUCUGUCAAAAAUACCUUCCUUAACUUUUCCUUCUCACAUUCCUUAUAAAUGUGGUGGCAUGUAGUCGUCCUCAGACAGUUUCACAAUACACCGAGCUGCCAUUUUGUUACAUCCACGUGACAACCCUGCAGCUGUCAAAGCACACAAGUCAUAACCACUAAAGGAAAACGAGCUAAGAACGGGAAAACUAUUUCAAGUUGUGAAGAUGCUCUCAUUUGUUUUUGUAUUGGUGAACAUUUGAAUAAAAAUUGAUUUUUAUA